UUCGCUUUACCAUCCUACUAAACUCGAAGUAGAAAACCUUAGUGAGACAUUUUAUAUAUUUUUUAAUAAAAUCUUAGUCAACGAAAGGCCAAUGGAGCUUGAAAUACAAGUCGCUGUUAACUUCCUCAUCGGCUACCUCGUCAAUAAACUGCCACGUCGAAGAGUACAGCUUUUUAACGAGGAGGUUGUGAAGAAACUGACGAAGAAAUUUGAAGGCCAUUGGUACCCCGAAAAACCAUGUAAAGGAAGCGGAUACCGUUGCCUCCUUAUAACUGACAGCCUAGAUCCUGUGUUGGGUUCUGCUGCAGAAGCAAGCGGACUUAGCGCAAAGGAUGUGAAAGCCAAUUUGCCGGAAAAGCUCUGUCUGUGGAUCGACCCACAAGAAGUAUCCUUCAGAAUCGGCGAACAAGGGUCCGUGAAGACGAUCUAUAAAGCUGAAAAGAAACCUGAAGCAAUCUGUGACGAAACCACUCGCUGGGUGAACCUUUUAAAUGGCCACAACAGCGGUAACUCAAACAGCCCAGUUCCAUUCCGUAGUCAAAGCCCUCCAAGAAUCAUGGCGGACCGCUCUUCUCCUGUGUUGUCAUCCGCUUCCAGUUCUUCACCAUCACCUCCCUUGUACAACUCACAAUACAUGCCUUACAAUAGCUGGAGCGCAGCAGAGGAGUCUUCUUUGUUUAAAUUCAGGGCGAAAAGAGCUUCUCCGACAUCUCUGUCGCCAAACGCGAAAGAGUUCAACUAUCGGACCCCGUGGGACAACUUCAACUAUGGAGCACAACAAAACAGUGGGCUGGAUACCACUCGUGGCGCGUUCAUUUCUUCUUCUUUUUUAGACUGGUUUAAUUACAACGAGAUUGGAAAUUUCAACACUGCUGCCCAGCUACCAAUAUUAGCCUGAAAAAUGUUAAGUGUUGGGUGUGCGGAGUUAUACAUUGCAAUUUGAAAAGGUGUUAAAAUAAUAUUUGUAUAGAUAACCAUAGGAAAAAGAUGAUGUGAAAUUCUUCACAGAAAAUUGUAAAUUUUUACAAAAUAAGUUACAGUAUUUCUCCAACGCAUGUACAUUUGUACAAAAACGUUUUGUUUAUAAAUAUAAAAUGUAUAGUGUUUCUUAAAAGAGAUGUACGAGGUAUUUUGUUCUUGUUUCAAAGAAACUCCGAAAAAAUAGAGCCACAAUGGUGUUGAAUUUAUUAUUGGAUUGUAUUUAAAAAUUUUGAAGAAAGAGGAAUAAAGUUUGCAUACAAUUUA